AUGCCAAGAAAACUGAGCGUGACUAUAUUGUCAGAGCGCGCACCUCAGCCUGGAGUACUAGCCCCUCGGGUUGGAGCGCUCAGAUACCAGUUCAGAGAGCAUCAGCUUCAAUCUUCAGGAGUCGAAUCGGAAACAAAAAGCAAGACUGCUAUCUCGCUGGUAGAGCAGCAAACCGGUGUGCAGAUGACCCAAAGCUCGACAAGGGGUAAGAACGUAGUCACAGGAAUCGUCAAUGCAAAGAAUCUACAUUGGAUUCCCGUUGGCGUCUUUCCCCAGCAGAAGCUUAUCGUCACGGUCUACUGGGCAGAGGGGCGGUUUGGUGCUGGUUCUGAAUUCGACGAGAAAUUCAUGAACGUGUGGAGAGAGAGAUUUGCUUGGGAGAGACGGAGAGGAUUGGUAGACGAUGCCGCGAAUCAAGGAUAG